AUGAUUAAAAAAGAAUUGUCAAGUGCAACAGCAGGAUCACCUACAAAUGCAAAUGGAAUGCGUCUUAAACCAAAUUUAUUGAAUUAUAUUGGAUUUACUUGUCUUGAACAAGCAAAUUCGGGUCCAUUUGCUGAUGCACUUAUUGCUAAAGAAGUUCAUAAAGAUUUUUUGAAUUUAAUUAUAAAUGGUACUUCAAUGGAACUGUAA